GAACUCUUCACAGCAGAAUGCAAAUUCAAAGAGUCGGUGUUCGAGAACUACUACGUGAUCUACUCGUCCAUGCUGUACAGACAACAGGAAUCGGGGAGAGCAUGGUUCCUGGGGCUUAAUAAAGAGGGCCAAGCCAUGAAGGGGAACCGAGUGAAAAAGACAAAACCAGCUGCUCACUUCCUGCCCAAGCCAUUAGAAGUCGCCAUGUACAGAGAGCCAUCGUUGCAUGAUGUAGGAGAGACAGUGCCCAAGGCGGCCGUACCUCCCAGUAAAAGCACAAGUGAGCCGGCAGUGAUGAACGGAGGCAAACCCGUCAGCAAGCCCGACAAACCCGCCACAUAGCCACGCCCGAGCCGCGUCCCACCUACGUGUGCAGAAGGGAGGAACGAGACGGAGGCGGGAUUUUUUUUUCCGACGUGACUCCAGACCCUCUUUCUUCAUUGGAUCGCAUCCAAGUGAACUUCCCUUCCUUUAUUCUCUCGCUCCUCCUCCCUUUCUCCAGCUGUGGAUGGAUUCUGAGGUGGCUGAGCUCGCUCAGUACAGGAGGGGAAGAGGACCUCUGAUCAUGGACUGCCUUUAGAUUCCUCUGAAACUAUGAGAAUUCAUGGGAAUACCAUGUUUCACAAUGACGCUUACUUUGCUUGAUUACAGUUUGUUAGAAAAAAAAAAACUCCCUCUCUCUAUAAUGCCCUGUUGCAGCAGAGCCUGUGUACCUUCAGAUCUAUUUUCUAUACCACAGUUCACCAGCUAUGUUCUGGGAUAGAGACUGUAUAGAUAGAGUAAAUAUUUGGGCUAUGGUCCUAUAUUUUUUACAAGUAUGUUCCCCUCUCCUUCUCUUUCUAUUUCCGGUCACACAUUUUUCUUCUCUUUGUCAAGGAACACAGAAAAGAUGAACACAUUUUUGCAGGGGAGUUAUGUUAUUUUCUAAGAAAUACAUGACGAUAGAUGUGGCAUAAAAAAAAGGAUACGUAUGAAAAAAAAAGUCAAAAUUUACUUUUUGCCGAGAACAUGCACACAUGUAAAGACGGCCACGCAAAGUUUGUGUGGCAAAUGAGAGACGCUGCUUUUUUUACAGCCCAUAAAAACACGCCGGAGGCUGACAGAUAGCUCCUGCAAUCAUAGUUGAUGAAGUGCUAAUUACCGUCACUGCAAUCAAUGAAAGGAGCUCCCUACACACAUGCAAACAUGCACACACACACACAUUUAUAAACAGAUGUGUGUGUGGGUGGUAUAGUGCUGUGAGGAAUGGUGUAUACAUAUCACUAUCUAUGUCCCACCAGCGGUUCAGUCCGCCUUCUCUGGUAAAUAGAAAAACCUGAAAUCUAUUUUUCUUUAAUCUUAUUUCAGAGCGUGGGCUCUAGGAAUAUCUCUAGGCCUUGUAGGCCUCUGUCCCUCACUCACUGACUUUUUUUGGUCUAAGAGGCAAAGGCUUGUGGCUUUGACCCAGAUGGUCUACAACUACAGCACUGGCAGCCAUCUUAUGGCGAUGUCUACUUAAAGCAAAGAAAAACAACAUGGCUGACAACCAGUAGGUGACAUUUAUACUGGCUGCAUUCCUAUUUGGUUCAGCAAACUAAAAGCAUGGACAAGGUUAAUAUUGUGUUCUCUUUUUGCAGCAGUUAUACAAGAGAUGGCUUCUAGUGCAACAUUUUCACUGUAUAAAACGUAGGGAAAAUGACAAUUAAAGAUCAUAACUUUUUAAAUGACUAGAUAUUAUUAUGAUUACUAUUAUUAUUAUGAGAGGAUUUGUCUCCUAGCUCAGCAUGCAGAGUCCAGUACUGAUCAUCUUGGCCUAUUACGUGCCUGUUUGGACCUUGAUUCCCGGCAUGCAAAAACAGGAUCCCAGUCCCCACUGGGCCAAAGGUGCCUCACUCACCCAAUAGAUCCAUGUAGAGGACACGUAGCAUUGUUCAUCACGAAAAAAAACAACAACAAAAAAAAAACUAUAUAUAUCACACUCAGAUGUAUCCACUCUGAUACGACCAAAGUCUUUCUUUCCAUCCCGAGAAGAGUUUUAAAAAGGAUAAAAAGAACAAGCGAAUCUUUUAAAAAUCUGAGAACUCUCAGAUUCAAUUCAUCAAAGCUUUCACUGUGAUAUCAUUUCCUCUGUUCGAAAUACUCCACUCUGCUCAGACCGGCACAGGUCUUGACUGAUGUCAGUUUUGGAAGAAGUACAUAAACCAUGAAUUAAUCACAUGCAUGCAUUUUCUAUAAGGAACGAGGCAUGGGCGUUGCCCUCCACUCUGCGUGAGCAGAGGAGCAUUGAAGUUCAAGUGUGGGAGUUGAAUGGGCAUGUUGUAGGCUUCCGUGCACUCACACUUAAUAUCCGAACUUAAUCCACGGCGCUUGGUUUUGCAUUUCAUCACGAUUGUUAGCAAUUUUAUCAAAGGUCUAUUUGAUCAACAUUUUUUUACAUCUUGCUACAAUGAUUUUUUUUCCUAAUAGUUUUACUAGAUAAGAUUUAGAAUAUUAAGUAGAUUGUUGCUGCUGUAUGCUGCUAAAAGUGCGACUAUGUUAUAAGAAAUUAAUUUGGUAAUUUUAAUUUUCUGAGUUUAUUGGAAUUAUACAUAACCAUUUCCUACUACAGCACAUCAAAGAACAUUAGUUAGACGCCAUUACUUGUCUGUAUAAUGCUGUUUAAUGCUAUGAAAAAUAAUUGUACACAACUACACUCUCACACAGGAGCUGGAAACCACUGAAGUCGUAAUUCUGGGCGGAUGUUUUGCCCUCGUUACGGCUAGUUAUCCUCCUCUUUUUCAAACUCUACAUGCUGGGCUGGUUACCACUUCAGCCCUUUUUCAGUCCUGUUCACUGGCUCCUCUGAGGGUGGCAUUAUUUUUGUAACUGACUGGUGUGUAAAUGUACAUCCCUGUGGUCAUCUUUCCUCUUCUGUUCGUCUUCAUUUCUCUGGUAUGCGGGUCGUUUGUGAUGUCGUCUUUCAGAUCUCGGUCACGUUUACUUUGUUCUCCCUCUCUUUAAAUGUGUUACAAGGAUAUUCAAAAAACUUUGUUGCUUCUGUUUUCAACCUCUUGUUUUGUAUGUUGUCCCAUCUGUUGCAUGGGGAGAGGAUGGCAUUGAUGAACUGCAUGUAGUAGGCUAUGUCAAGAACCGUUGGUAUGUACUGCUAAUUUUACAUAUAUGCAAUGAGUUUGUCUACACUAUACAGUUUGUGUUUGUUGUAUACGUAUAUACAACAUAUUGAAUAAAAUAUUUACGUAAAGGUGUACUGUAAUGUCAGUAACUCGAUACUUAAUGCAAUAUAGCGUGCAGUAUAUUAUUGCACCUGUCAUUUUUGACGAGACAAAUAAAGCAGAGGGUUUGGCUAGUUUAAGCAUGAAAAAGGCCAAAGUAGAAUUAACAUAACAUUUUCUUAGUGACUUUGUAUUGGUCCUCUUUUCAAGUGGUCACUGAGCUCUUGUGUCGAUGCACAUUUCAUCCCCUGAUACAAUCUUUUGAAGUGACAUGGAUAUCCGGCAUGCCACAACCGAACUAUUUAUGCCCUUCUCUUUGUUUUAUUCCACUUUAAUCUAAUCACAUCUAGCAUAGUGUAAAUUUACACGGCAGAUUCUCUGGUUUGAUUUCCUUAUGGGAUAAGAAUAGGCACUAUCAAAAUUAUUUAUUUUCCAAACUAUAUACAAUAUACCAUGGCAAGAAUGCCCAUCAGAGUUAUGUCAUGUUAUAACAAAUUUGUAAACAUGUAUGAUUAAGGUCUUCACAUUGUUUUCCAUGCAAAAUGUUGUGUCAUGCGGCACAUUUAAUGUUUUAAUAUGAAAAAGAAAAUAAACAUUCAAAGAGUAACCUCUGUCUUGAGCUUUUGAGCAAGCUUUCAGUCUAGAUUUAGGAUGAUAUACCAGUUGGUAUCAGUUUAAGACAUAGGGUUAAAAGUUCCUUAAAUGCAACUCAUUAAUACAAUUCUUUCCCCUUUCCAGCAUCUUGAUUUGUGAAGUACACACACCCUAUUGUAUGUUCUGAAAUACAAAAAAUGAAACUAUGAAAAUAUAAAAAAUAUAAUGGAA